GUCCAGGUCAGGCUUUCUCAAGUAAUAUGUAAAAGGUAGCAGGCAAACCUACAACGUUCUGUUAACGUUCCAACGUUACAAAAACUGGUUCCAAUGCAGCGGUUUUGUGUGUGUGUGUGUGUGUGUGUGUGUGUUUGUUUAUAUUACAUAGUGGGGUCCACAACACGUUAGCACACUCACAUAGUGGGGACCGAAAACAUAGUGGGGACCAAAUCCCCGGUCCCCACAAUGUUUUGCUUUUAAUCGGCUCAGGAGGCGGUGCUGAUAUGACUAGUGCAGUUUUUUUCUUGAUCCCCUCCAUGAACAAAAACCGGAUUUCUGUGUGUGAGUGUGUGGGGCCGCGCUGCUCUACAGCGCCCCUGUAGCCAGGUCGCGGAACUGCACCUCUAUACACACAUGUGACGUAAUAUAUGAAGGUACACAUUUUUUAAACCGCUCAUGCCAAAGUCGCUUAAUUAAACGACAAAAACAACUUUAAACAGUGUCUGUCAACGGGGAAAGUACAUUCUUUCAGGUAAUUAACCUACUUGUAAAUAUUAUAUUACAUAAUUCAAUAAAUAUACAUCACAAAUUCGAAUUAUUUUUAAGAAUGUUUAUGUGAUGGAGUUUUUUAAUGAGAUUAAUUAAUUAACGUUAAAGUUUUUAUCAGAAUCAUAAUCUUUGAAUAAGGCGAAUGAAUUAUUGCUUAACUUAAAUUUAAUGCUGUUAUACAAUUUAAAGUGUUUACUUGUGCGUGUUACUGCGUAUUGUAAAGUGUUAUAAACUGCGGUGUGGCGGGAGAUUGUGAGACCGCGUGACCUCUCUCAAUUACUGGAACCCGAGGAGCGACGUGAGACGGCCUGUUGAAAUGAAACGGAGAAGAAUAAAACCGUUAAAAGAAGCGGAAGAUCAUGUUCUCCGUUGCAUCGACAAGACCGACGCACUGGAGGCCAAACACAUAAACGAUUAUAAAGGUCGUGGAGUCUUUGCAUUAAUUCCUUUUAUUAAAGGAGAUUUUGUUGUCGAAUAUAGGGGAGAAAUGAUUAGCUUAAUUGAAGCCGAACAAAGAAGAGAGGCCAAUCAAGACACUUUUUUUAUGUUUGACUUCAUCUGGCAGAACAAGAAAUGGAGCAUUGAUGCAACUCAUGAGGAUGGCACCCUUGGCCGCCUUAUAAAUGAUGAUCACAUAAACCCAAAUUGUACAAUGAAAAGGAUUAUCGUUGAGGGAAAACCCUGUUUGUGCCUAUUCGCUGCAAGAGAUAUCAUUCCUGGAGAGGAACUCACAUAUGACUAUGGAGGAAGUCACUGGCCUUGGAGAAAGCCUCCAUGCAAGGAUGAUGACAACAUGACAGCAAUAGAGAACUGCUCUGAGGAUUCUGUAACUACUGAAGGCAUUUCACGAUUCACAGCUGAGCCUCCAUGCAAGGAUGAUGACAACAUGACAGCAAUAGAUAACUGCUCUGAGGAUUCUGUAACUACUGAUGGCAUUUCACGAUUCACAGCUGAGCCUCCAUGCAAGGAUAAUGACAACAUGACAGCAAUAGAGAACUGCUCUGAGGAUUCUGUAAAUACUGAAGGCACUUCACGAUUCACAGCUGAGCCUCCAUGCAAGGAUGAUGACAACAUGACAGCAAUAGAUAACUGCUCUGAGGAUUCUGUAACUACUGAAGGCACUUCACGAUUCACAGCUGAGCCUCCAUGCAAGGAUGAUGACAACAUGACAGCAAUAGAUAACUGCUCUGAGGAUUCUGUAACUACUGAAGGCACUUCACGAUUCACAGCUGAGCCUCCAUGCAAGGAUGAUGACAACAUGACAGCAAUAGAUAACUGCUCUGAGGAUUCUGUAACUACUGAAGGCACUUCACGAUUCACAGCUGAGCCUCCAUGCAAGGAUGAUGACAACAUGACAGCUAUAGAGAACUGCUCUGAGGAUUCUGUAACUACUGAAGGCACUUCACGAUUCACAGAUGAGCCUCCAUGCAAGGAUGAUGACAACAUGACAGCAAUAGAUAACUGCUCUGAGGAUUCUGUAAAUACUGAAGGCACUUCACGAUUCACAGCUGAGCCUCCAUGCAAGGAUGAUGACAACAUGACAGCAAUAGAUAACUGCUCUGAGGAUUCUGUAACUACUGAAGGCACUUCACGAUUCACAGCUGAGCCUCCAUGCAAGGAUGAUGACAACAUGACAGCAAUAGAUAACUGCUCUGAGGAUUCUGUAAAUACUGAAGGCACUUCACGAUUCACAGCUGAGCCUCCAUGCAAGGAUGAUGACAACAUGACAGCAAUAGAGAACUGCUCUGAGGAUUCUGUAACUACUGAAGGCACUUCACGAUUCACAGCUGAGCCUUUGGUUGAUUACUCGGACACCGAAGAUGAAGUUUUGUGUUCUAAAAUUAAGACAUCUUAUAAAAAGAGAUCUGUGAUUCAUGAUGAUUCGGAUGAUCUCUUUGAAAAUUCGAGUGUAAAUGGUAAAGAUGACCAAGACAUUCAACGUGACGUCAGACGGAAUCAUGCAUCAUUUGCAAUGAGUGAACAACAUUCCGCUUGUACCACAGCAUCCAAAAGAGCAAAAAACACAAGAGCUAGAGGGAAGAUCGCGGAGUACUCGGAUGUUUCGAGCGAAGAUGAGUUAUCUGUUAGUGAGGAAGAGUACAUUCCUGAUACAUCAGAGAGUUACACAUCAGAUAGUAGCAUGAGCUUUACUGCUUCACCAAAGGGUAAAGAAAAAAAGUUACAGACUUUGCCAGUCCGGAGCAGUUCAGCUGUGAACAGAAUCAAAAAGUUCAGUAUUCAAAGCAGCGGUGACUUAGGGAGCUCCCAGAACCACGACAUAGCCAAAGUUCCUGACACAUCUUCCAUUCUUGACAGCGCAACAUCAGUAGUUAUCCCAGCUGUAAUUAAAAAGAGAGGUGGAUUGAGAAUGUACAGCAAAAAACAACAGUGCUUUUUUUGUGAAGGUGCUUUUACAAAAAUUUCUAGACACCUGGAACGAAAGCAUAGAAAUGAGGUAGAGGUAGCAAAAGCGUUAAGUCAUCCAAAGGGCUCAAAAGAAAGGAGGAUGCAACUUGAGUAUCUACGUAACAAAGGGAACUUUGCUUACAAUAGUACUGUUAUUAAUACAGGUGCAGGACUGAUGAUUCCGCGGAAACUGCCCAAAAAGAACCUGGAGGGGGAAAGUUUUAUGCACUGCAUUUACUGCAAAGGACUCUUCUUAAAAAAAACUUUGUGGCGACAUGUCAAGGUUUGCAAAUUCAAGCCUGGUGAUGAGAAGCCGAAACCUGGAAAAACCCGUGUCCAGGUUCUUUGUGGCUUUGCACAACCUCCCCCACCAGGAGUAACUCAUGGUGUUUGGAAACUGUUAAAUUCCAUGAACCAGGACCAAGUGGCACUUGAAACUAGAAAUGACUGGUGCAUUUUAGAGUUAGGAAAGCAUCUUUACAACAAGUAUGGAUCAAGAGUUAAAAUGCAUGAACACAUCCGCCAAAAGAUGAGGGAGCUUGGAAGACUCCUAAUAUGUGCAAGAGAGGUAUCCCCCCUUACAUCUAUUAAAGAGCUCAUUCAUCCCACAAACUUCAUGCAUACCAUCAAUGCAGUUAAAAGGGCUGCUGGCUACAAUGAAGAGACCAAUGUAUUUGAAAAGGCUAGUGUGGCUGUGAAACUUGGACAGAGUCUGAACAAAAUCGCAAUGCUUAUUGAGAGCCACUCUACUAUUAGAGGAGAUGAAAAGACAGGAAAAAUUGCGAACAGUUUUCAACAGCUUUAUAAGUCCAGAUGGCCCGAAUACAUUUCUACAACAGCCCGGCGAACACUGGAGGAAGCAAAAUGGAAUUCCCCACAAUUACUUCCAUUCACAGAAGAUGUUAAGCUCCUUCAUAUAUAUCUUGACGAGCAAGAGAAGACCCAUCGCAAACUCUUGUUAACACAGCCAUCAUCUCAGCACUGGGCAAAACUGGCCAAGAUCACGUUAACUCAGGUUAUGCUUUUCAAUCGUAGACGAGAAGGGGAAGUGUCACAAAUGCCAUUGUCUGCAUACAUCUCCAGCAACCAAUCGGAUGCUCAUCCAGAUAUUAGCAUGGCCCUCACAGAUUUAGAAAAUAAACUGUGUCAGUACUUCAAGCGUGUAGAAAUUAGAGGCAAAAGAGGCAGAAAGGUUCCCGUGCUUCUCACACCUUCCAUGCAAGAAUCAAUCAGCCUGCUUCUUGAAAAUCGGAAUACCUGUGGAAUUCCAAAUGAAAAUCCUUUUCUCUUUGCACGCCCGUAUGCAAUGACAUUUUUCAGAGGCUCUGAUUGCAUUCGCGAAUUUGCUGUUGCAUGUAGUGCAAAAAAUCCUCAGACUCUUACAUCAACAAAGUUGAGAAAACAGAUCGGGACACUUUCUGAAGUUCUUAAUCUUAGCAACACAGAGUUAGAUCAGUUGGCAGACUUUCUAGGCCAUGACAUUCGAGUUCAUCGUCAAUUUUACAGGUUACCCGAAGGCACCCUCCAACUGGCCAAAAUUAGUAAAAUUCUUCUGGCCCUCGAAAAAGGACGCUUGGCAGACUUUAAAGGGCGAAAUCUUAAUGAAAUCAACAUAGAUCCAGAAGAGGAAGUUACAGUGGACAGUGAUUUGGAGGAGUCCACUUCUAGUCCAAAAGAGUGCACCACAGUAUCAUCAUCACAGCACACGGUUUGUGAGAACGGCACACUUCUAGCAGACCCAGUCUCCAAAAAAAAGAGAGGUUAUGUUAAGAAGACGGCCUGGAACAAACUUGAGAUACAGGCUGUGGAGAAGCAUAUGAUGAGGUUUAUUAACAAUCACAAAAUUCCAGGAAAGGCAGACUGCAUGAGGUGUAAAGAGGCGGAACCACUUGCACUUAAAAAUAGAGAGUGGUCUACACUUAAAUUUUACAUCAAAAAUCGAAUCUCCGCUCUAAACAGAAAAUAUCUGCCAAAUUAAUUGACACACUGUCAGACUGAAUUGUUCAUUGGUAGAAACAAGCUUUUAUAGUUUUAAAACAAGCUUCCAUAGUCAAAUGGUUAGCGCAAUAGACCAUCAGUUCCAUAUUAUUGUUUGGAAAUGUAGAUUGUUCUUUCGAAAAUUAAGGCAUUUUAAAUAACUUUUAGACUGGAGUCUUUUUUUUCAUCCUUGUCUGCUUCAAAUGUAGAAUUGUUUUUCUAUAAAUGCAGACAUGGUAGAUUUUCAUUCUAUUGUACUUGUUUUCAAAAACUUGAGAAUGCAGUGUUUGUCAUGAAGGGUUUUAUUAAUAUAUUUUUUUAAUUCAACUAGUGUUUACUGUGAACAUCUUUAUGAAAUAUUUCUGCAAAUUUUUGUGGACGAC